CAUUUGCUUUCUUCAAACCCUGAACCAUGAACCUUUUCUUUGCUACCUCCCUCUUCCUCAUCCCAAUUCUCCUUCUAAUUAGGAGAUUAUCAUCCAGAAGAAGGGUCCCUCCAGGUUCUCUUGGAAUACCCCUCAUUGGUCAAAGUCUUGCCAUUCUUGAAGCAUUGCGUGCCAACACAGCAGAAAAGUGGUUUGAAGAAAGAGCAAGGAAAUAUGGUUCUGUUUCAAAGCUAAGCCUGUUUGGAAAACCAACAGUAUUCAUCUAUGGACAGGAUGGAAAUAGGUUUAUAUACACUAACGAUGGUCGCACUAUUGGUACCGGGCAACCUCAGGCCAUUAAAAUGAUGUUGGGAGCCCGAAACUUGCUCCAACUGAGUGGCCAAGAUCACAAGCGGGUCAAAAGCGCACUUGCCAGAUUCUUGAAGCCAGAAUUCUUGAAGCAAUCUGUGGGGAAAAUAGAUGAGGAAGUUAGGAGGAACAUUGAAAUGCAUUGGCAGGGGAAACAACAAGUCAAGGUGUUGCCCCUGACGAAGACCCUCACAUUCAACGUAAUUUGCUCUCUUCUGUUUGGUCUUGAGCAAGGAAAACUUAGAGACCAAUUCCUAGCUUCGUUCCAAACAAUGAUAAAAGGAAUAUCUUCAGUUCCUGUUAAUAUUCCCUUCACACUGUACCGCCGCAGCCUCAAAGAAAGUGCAAGGAUGCAGAUGAUGUUGAAGGAGGUUGUACAAAAGAAGAAGAUUGAACUCGAGCAAAAUGAGGCUUCUCCUCACCAAGACUUAAUCACAUCCUUGCUUUCCAUGGUUGAUGAAAAUAACAAACAAUUGAUCACUCAGAGGGAAAUCAUUGAAAAUUCUAUGCUUGUCAUGUUUGCUGGACAUGAAACUUCAUCUGUUCUAAUUACUUUCAUUAUCAGAGUCUUAGCUAAUGAUCCUACUAUUUGUGAAACAGUUCUUCAAGAACAAGAAGAGAUAGCAAAAAGCAAGUCCUUAGGAGAGUCUCUGACAUGGGAAGACCUUGCCAAGAUGAAGUAUACAUGGAGAGUAGCAUUAGAAACUCUUAGGAUGGUCCCUCCUGCCUUUGGUUUCUUCAGAAAGGCUUCCACAGAUAUUGAAUACGGUGGAUACAUUAUACCAAAAGGGUGGCAAAUCUUAUGGGUUCCGGCAAUGACUCACAUGGACAAUAGCCUAUUCCCAGAGCCAUCAAAAUUUGAUCCAAGUAGAUUUGAAAACCAGGGAUCUAUCCCACCCUAUUGCUUUAUCCCAUUUGGUGCUGGAACAAGAAUAUGUCCAGGAAAUGAGUUAGCUAGGAUUGAAACUCUUGUGGCAAUCCAUUAUCUGGUAACAAGGUUUACGUGGAAGCUAGCUGCUGACAAUUUAUUCAGAAGGAAUCCAAUGCCAGAACCCACUCAAGGACUACCUAUUCAAAUUUGGCCAAGGAAACUUUCUUAGCUCUCAUUUCAAGAACUUCUAGUUUUCUAAAUCCAGAUGUACAUAAAUAAAAACUAUAUUGGCAUAUUAUAAAGGGAAAUACAAGUCUCAUGUUGCAUGAGACUUGCUAUCUCAUGUCAUAGACUCAAAAUAUGUGGGACCUACUUUUUUAAAAAAAAGUAAAAAAAUAAAUAAAAGCUAGCACG